AUGCCUACUCUCAUUGUAACUGUCGUGAAUGCUAGUAACUUGACCCCAAAGGAUUUGAGUGGAACCUCCGAUCCCUAUGUUAUUGUGCGUAUGGGAGGUACUAGACAUAGAACUCAAACAAGACGUGGAACAAAUAAUCCUUUCUGGGGUGAACAAUUCACUUUGAUGGUCAUGGAUCCAAUGAAAGACUCUGUAACCUUUGAUGUGUAUGAUAAAGACUUGAUCACCAAGGAUGACUCUCUCGGAUCUGCCAUUGUUCAACUCAAUACUCUCAGAAGAGGAGUUCCAGAACGAAUGAAUUUGAACUUGAUGGGUGCUAGACAAGGAACCCUUACUGUUGAAUUGUUGGCUCAAGAUUUUGGUUUAGUCGGACAACCAAUGAUGACUCAACCCAUGAUGACUCAACCCAUGAUGACCCAACCUGUAAUGACUCAACCCAUGAUGUCACAAGGAAUGAUGGUUCAACCACCAAUGAUGCAAACUUAUGGUGUGACUGGUUAUACUCCAACCAUGACUACUUCUUAUCCUUCUUAUGGUGUUCCAAUGCAGCCAAUGCAACCAAUGCCAAUGCAACAAUCAACAACAUACACUACUACAACCUAUCAAACAGGAGUUCCUCCACCUCAAGGAUACCCACCUUAUGGUCAACCAGGUUAUCCUCCAUAUGGCGGUGGUGGCUUCUAUUAA